GCAGCGAAAUGUAGAUCAGAAUUCUGUACUGUGUAGUGUUAGGUCUAUGGCCGACGUGUACUAACUUUGAUCACCGGUGACGGGAUAGGCGUUUAUCUUGCGAAGUUCUGCUUGGUCGUAAUAUUUUUCUUUUCUUCAUCACCAUAAUCUUCUUGCCCUAUCGCUCCAACAGUUAGACGAAUAUCACAGCAAUGUCGAAGCCAGAUCAACUCCUAACGAUCAAACCGCCCACGGAACUCCGUUUCCGAGGUCCAUUUACCGAUGUUGUCACAUCUGAGCUGACUCUCUCAAAUCCUUCUGAUAAAAUCCUCUGUUUCAAAAUCAAAACAACCGCUCCAAGGAGGUACUGUGUGAGGCCAAACAGUGGAGUAAUGGUCCCCAAUCAAAAUGUCACUGUUUCAGUGAUGUUACAACCAUUUGAUUUUGACCCAAAUGAGAAGAACAAGCACAAAUUCAUGGUGCAAUCCAUCGUCAUACCAAAGGCAGAUAUCGACUUGGAAGCAGUGUGGAAAGCAUCAGAUACAGCAACAGUAAUGGACACAAAACUCAAGUGUGUUUUUGAAUGGCCAGCAAACCAAGCUCCUGCACCAGUGUCACAAGAAAAGGUUGAAGCAGCUGCACCAGAGAACAAGCCCAUCAAAUCUACUGCUCCCCAAGUUGGAGAGGAGAAAUUAGAGAUGAGGGAUUUAGAUACAGUGGUACAAGAAUGCAAGCAACUCAGGAGAGAAGUUGGGAGCUUACGGGCAGAAAACACACAACUAAGGACGGACGGCGUGAGGCAACGGAGAGUUGAGGGCGGCCAACCAAUGAAAACAGUAUCACCCACAGUCACAGAGACGAAACCCAUGCUGCCUUCCACAAUGAUCAUCCUGGCAAUUUUCAUCUUGGGUUUUCUUAUUGGUAAAUAUCUCUUCUGAGACAGGUCAUAGGUCAUCCAUAGAGGUGGAUAAAAUAAGCUGGAGGGCUGACUCGCAAUAGCGUGCACGGAGCUGCGCUGUGUCGGCCGCCAUUACCAGACCGGGCAGCUGUACCUGCCUGGUCGCAUCAUAUAGUACACAGCUCCCAGUCAUAUUUUCAAGGAUUCUAAGAAAUGUCUUUAGAAUCUGAUUUUUACUGCUAUUCCCCCUAUUUUGAGGGUGCUGAACAUGAAUAUGCUUUUUACCAAAUAUAUAAAUGACGUCUUCGGUCGUUGCCAUGGCAAUGGAUUAAUUUAUCAAAAAUCACAUAUAUAUUUCCCUAUAAUGGUAGAUAAACACGGUAUAAAUGCCCCAAUCUUUCAGUCUUAAGCUUCCAAUUCGAUAAAAAAUUAUUAAUUCUAUAUUAUUUAAUUGGUAACAAGCAUAUUCGUGUUCAGCAACCUCAAAUAGGGUAAGUGGAACAAAAAUAUCAGAUUUUAAUUAAGAAUCCUUGAAAAUUAUGACUGGGAGCUGUGUACUAUAUGAUGUGACCGGGCAGGUACAGUUGCCCAGUUUGGUAAUGGCGGACAAUCUCCAGGGUCGGCGCACAAUUUGUCAGCGCUCUAGCUUAUUUUAUCCACCUCUAUGAGGUCAUCUUGUACAAAGCUGUGAGGAUGGUGAUGGGAAAGAGAAAACAAAAGUGUAAAAAAUUAUAUAUUGCUUCAAAUGAAAGAAAAGCUGUCUCUCUUAAUUUGAUUUAAGAAUUGGAUAAAUACUGAUGUUUCCAGAUGGUAGGUUAGUAGGUCUUUAAUAUGUUUGGAUCUCUGAAGUGUUACAUGGGUGAUGGUGCUGGUUCUAAUAUUAUUUGUUCAUAUCUGGACAGUUCUGUCGUAAAUGCACCACUGUCCAAGACAAAUGGAGAAUUUUUAAACAAGGUUCUCUUAUGAGAUGAAGUCAAACUGAAAAUGGGCUUUUAAUUUGUGUUGCGACUUCUUGUCACAUUUAUGCAUACAAGAAAAUAGAAAUAUACGUGGUGAGGAUUUAAUGUAUCGAUUUCCUAUGACAUCGUUAUGUGAAUUGGGAUGUUUGGUACUUACAGGUCACUUAUGAGAUUUAUCUGAAAUUGCAUAAUGCUCCGCUAGUUAUGAGAUAUGGAAGUUUUAUGGAGAUUAUUUGCUUCAGUUUACGUUUUGAUUCAAUUUCAAAUGUGUUUUCCUUCAUAUUUCUAUGCUUACAUAUAUAAAAAGCAAUUUACUUCUUCCCUUAUAUUUGCACAUUGCAACAUGACAUAGUCACUACAUCAAUAUACUUCAUUUAUUUCUAACGUACAUAGUAUUCUCUUGUUUUGUAACCGGUACAUAAUUAAGCUUUGUUGGUCCGUCAUCUGAAUUCUUUAGAAUGUCUUAUUUCAAUAUUGAAGGUAGCAUAUCUCAAAUGCCUCAUUGAACAGAUUCCUAUGGGUACUUGAUUUAAACAUAGUCACAUUUUGAUGUGUUGUGCUUUUUUUUAAUGCCUUCUGUGACUUAGAGUGGGAAUAAGGGCAGUUACUGCAGAAUCAUGUAUUAAAGCAUAAAAAUAACCAUCUGGGUCCUGUAACACAAAGGUUAGCAAUUAAUCGUACGCUUGAUUUUCACGAUUGAUUGUACAUUGUUGUCAAUGGAAUCAAUCGUAGAAAAAUGUUUUUGAUCAUUGCUAAGUUUUGUGUUACGGGCUCCUGAUUGUGAUUUUCUACUGCAUGGUCAGCCCCCCCCCCCCACUUUCAAAACUGUUCUGCGGCCCUUAAACGGCUCCAGAUUAUUGGUUUUGUUCGCAAACCAAGCAAAUCUCAAAAAAUUAUUUUGAUGGUAUAAGUUUGAUUGACUUCCAUUAGGAAAAAAUAUCAGUCUCACUUUGGACAGGUGAUAAUUUUUCAGGUGUAAUUUUACCAUCCCUUUCAAAAAGGAACAACAUUGCUUACUACAAAGCGAGCAGUGAAAGUACACCUUGAUAUAUCACUGUCAUUAAAGCUAAGAUUGAUUAACGUAAGUUGAAGGUUAUCAAAAAAUAUAUAUGUAUCUGUUUUCAUACGUGUAUAGGACACCAUGUAUGUACUAAAAUUUAUUCAAUUUUUUUUGCAUCCAUGUACUGUUCAUCACUUCAUGUAUAUGAAAAAUUGAAUAAGUUUGAAUAUAGCAGUCUUUGAGAUUUCUGAAUCCUCUUAAAGGGCCAUUCAGACAUUUCAUUAGAGAACUUCUUAGAAAUUACAAGAAGUUAACUGUAAGUAAUGGAUGCACAAAGCAGAGCAAUGUAUAAAAUGAUGAUGCAGCAUAUGUGAUAUAUACAAAUGUGAUUUGUUUGUUUCAUAUGUUGAGAUGUACAUGUACAGAUCAUCAGAUUAUUUUCUGUCUGUCCUUUUAUUUAUUAUUCUUUAAUAGGAGCUAUUCAAUCUUGCUUCUUUGUUAGGAAUUAUGCAUGCAUGUCAGUAUUUGAUAUUGGAACAAUGCAAUGUAGAAGACACACGCAUUAUUUGGAUUUGGAAUGUAACAUAAAAUUCUUGUUGAAUACCGGUAGAAACUGUAUCAUAAAAAAUAAUGAAUAGAACAUUAAAAAAGGUUUGUAUAUUAUUGCUAUGUACAUAUAUCCAUGUAUUGCCAUAACUGAAGAUGUGUGUAGGUUUGAUUAGACCAAUGAUAAUUGAUGUUAUCAAACAUACCAAAAUCCUCAUGGUCUCAGAUGCUACUCAGAAAGGUUAAUGAUUACUCGACCAUGGGGCUGUACAAAGAUAGUAUUUUGUUAUGUUGAUUUCAUUUCAAUUUUUACUCGUUUAUUUUUAUCAAGUCUUGCGUCGGUCUUUUCUGUUUAUUUUCUUCAUGUUAUCUUGUGUUGUAUGUUCGAUCCUCUCUGUGGUAAAUAUUUUACCCAAUGUAAACUUAUCAGAGCAGCAUUUACAUUUACUCAAAAUUUUAUAUUAUGAUCUUAGCUUCAAUAUCAAUGCUUGCAUAUAAUAUUAGAAGUUCUUGCAAUUUUAUGAUACUUUCUGAUCAGGUUUAACUCAUACAUGAAUAAUUUCCUAUAUUCUGUGCUUCGUACAAGUUUGGGAAAGUUAAAAAUGGCGGAUGUAGGUUAACAUUAUGUGCAUUGUUUGAUAUUGAAAAUACGUAAAGGAAUGUGGAGUACAUCAAGGUUUCGUCAAGAUAUAAAUGUAGAAUGUUUAGUUAGAAAUUAUGACCUGAAGACUAUAUUCAAUAUGAGUAUUAUUUAGCUAUUAUAUGUGAAAUAACAUAAACUCUGUUCAUUCUUUUACCCUGUAUAAAACUACAUAAGCGAAUGCCACUAUAUAUUAGCCCAUUAUCAUAUUAUUCAAAGUAAUUGUUUAAAGUAGCUAUUAUGGAUAUGAUCCUUUAGUCAAAUUACCCAGGUUGUAUUUACCUAUAUUUGUGGUUUUUAUGUUAAAUACUAUAGAAAGUCUGUAUGGUUUCAUUUUAUUUUGCUUAUAACAUGUUUUCUUUAUUUUAGAAUAAGCACGGAUCACUCUGCUUUUGCUUCUUUUCAUGUCUUUGUAAUGUACAUGUGAUAACAUUUGGUAUUCCGGUACAUUUAAUGUUCAUAGGCGGUAUUGUGUAAAGACAAAAAGCCAGAUGUCUAAAUUUUCUUAAGAAACAGUUUGUAUGUAGUUAAUGUAAUAUACAAAAUAUUAUAAUGAAUAAAAGUCGUGUUAAUGCUCAUCCAAAUGUGUUGAUAGCAUAUAACACAAUGUGUACAUUUAAAUUAAAAAAUGUUAUUCUAUUUAAGUUUAUAUAUAGCAUAAUCCCAAUGAAAAAAUCCCAAUAAGAUUAGACAAAGAUUGAACUUGUGUACAUGUAUGAAGUCUUUAUGGUGUGAAGCAAGCGUAUCACUGUUAACAAUUUCCAUAAUAUUCUUUUUAAUUUUUUUUCCAUUAUCUCUCACCCUAUGUAGCUGUAGUGUUGUAGUACUGCCCAUGAAUAUCGUUUAGAAUAAAGCAAUCAAUUCUCUUGUAAAAUUCCAAUAA